GAUGUCAAACCUGAACCGCUGAGUCAAACAGCCAAAAUCCUAAACGCCUAAACCCCUACGCACAUCUGGGUUUGAAUUGCUGCUGCUGCCGCUGUACGAAACGCAAGUCAGCUAAUCACAACAAAAAGAUAAAGAUGGCGAAUGAAAUGGAAGAACUAAUCGGUUUCCUCUCAACUCCUUCUCCACAAGUGAAGAAGGCAGCUGUAGAUAUCGUUUGCGGGUUAACCGGCUCCGAGGACGGCUUACAAUCGCUUUCUAGCUACUCAGAAACAUUGCUUCCGUCUUUGUCUCGUCUGUUAGCCGAAACGAAGGAGGUCAGUGAACCAGCAGCAGAAGCUUUAGUGAAUCUGUCCCAAAACUCUGAUUUGGCAGCGAAGAUGCUUCAAAUGGAUAUAAUUAAAGUACCGAUGAACAUGUUAUACAAACAAGGUUGCGAAAUUACAGGACCGCUGGUCAUGCUCCUUCUUAAUCUUACACAACUGGAUGCUGGUGUUGAAUCAUUGCUUCAGGUGGGAGACAAUAAGGUGCAGGGGACAUAUGUCAUGAAACUUGUGAGAUCAUUCUGUACUUCUUCCAAUGAGAACAAAGAUGAUCCAUUUGGAUAUGUUGGUUCCAUACUUGUAAAUGUUUCAAAAAACAAAGCAGGGAGAUUACUGAUCUUAGAUCCUAAACGUGGGCUAUUGAAACAAAUCGUUAGGCAAUUUGACUCCACAAGCUUACUACGGAAGAAAGGGGUAGCUGGCACUAUUCGGAACUGCUGUUUUGAAGCUGACAAUCAACUACAGAAUUUGCUUUUGAUAUCGGAGUUCCUUUGGCCAGCUCUACUUCUACCUGUUGCUGGAAACAAGGUGUACAAUGACCAGGAUAUUUCCAAAAUGCCUCUUGAAUUAGGAAGUGCACUCUCAAUUGAGCGUGAACCAGUUAAUGACCCUGAAAUCCGCGUCCAAGCAUUAGAGGCUAUUUACUUGAUUGUUCUGCAGGGCGCAGGUCGAAGGGCAUUUUGGUCGGUAAAUGGACCACGGAUACUCCAAAUCGGGUAUGAGGAGGAAGAAGAUCCAAAAGUAAUGGCCGCAUAUGAGCAAAUUGGAUCCCUGCUAGUCGAAGGCAACAGUACCGAGGAAGGAUCUACAUAAUCGACUUCAUUGCAUGCACCCAAAUCCCGUGUGUUCAUUAAAAUGGCUUUUGAAAGCUUUUUGUGAUUGCAGCAACAUUAAAUACUCUAUGAAGUUGCUGCCGUCCAAGCGAAUUAAGAUUUAUCGGCACUAGAGACAACCCCUAGAAUGAAACGUAACAAUUCGGUUAAUCUCAUGAGAUUUGUGGUUCUCAUCACUCGUAAAUGAUAUACACAUAUAUUGUACUAUUAUUUUCUAUACCAGAUUACCGCUCUACUAGGUUCUUCUACUUUGUUAAAUAUGAAGUUCGUGUUUGGACACAGUAUUGAUGACUAAGUUGGCUCUUUUUUGAACCUAAAUUUUAAAAUUACGUAGUCA